CCACUUGGUGGCUCCGACUACCGCGAAGACAAGCAGCUACUGAGCAGUAAGGGAGCCAGCGCGCCGUGCCGCUAUUCUCCGCCCCUGCAGCACCGAUGUCCAGUCAGCGAGAGGAGUCGGUGUGAUAUCUUUAGAAGUAGAGUCGCGAAGUCAGGCCUGUCACAUUUAAAAACUGAAUUCGGAGGAACGGCUGAUUGAACGGCAAAACAGCUUUCCCGUGCUUUCGGCUUCAGUUUACUUUGUUUUUUCGUUUAUGCAGAAGUAAAAGAGUGUAGCGUUUGCCCACGUCAGAUUAUCAAGUAAGAGCUACCUGAAUAAAGUUUGCACCUUUCUGGAUUUUUAUAUUUCUUACUUGGAUGACGCUUCCCUUUUCUGGAUAUACCUUGGAAUUAUUACUUUUGGUCACUUUCGCAUCGGUCAAAGAGAAGCCAAUGUGUUAAUCAUGUGGAGGAGAAGGCUGCUGUGGAGGGUUGUGUGUUUUGCGCUCCUCGAGAUCACUUUGCAAACUGAGUUGGACUGCGGGCAAGUUCGCAAUGUUUUUCAGCAGCGCCAGAUUGGACCUGUCAAGUCCCUGCCGGAAUCGCCGAGGACAGGUACCGAACUACAAGUUUGCACUACCAAAUCCCUAACAUGCUGCACCAGGAGGAUGGAGGAGAAGUACCAAAUAGCAGCCCGACAGGACAUUCAGAAUUUAUUGCAGAUAUCCAGCUCAAGCCUGAAGUUUUUAAUAUCAAAGAAUGUUGCUGCAAUUCAGGAGACAUUUGAAACAGUAAUACGACAAGCGGAGAACUAUACCAUUUCCUUGUUUCGUACAACUUACAGAAACAUGGCAGCAGAGGCCUCAACAGCAGUAAAGGAGUUAUUUACAGAUAUUGGACUUUUUGUAUUGAAUUCAGAGCUCAGUAUCGAGGAGUCUGUUCACAGAUUUUUUGAUGCCCUGUUCCCUUUGGUGUACAAUCAUCUCAUCAAUCCUGGUUUAACAGAUAUAGCAGUUGAUUACUCUGAAUGCUUACGCAUGGCAAGAAAAGACCUCAGCCCAUUUGGAAGUAUUCCAAAAAUCUCAGUCAGUCAAAUGGUGAAAUCAUUAGUGCCAAGUCGUAUUUUUUUACAAGCUUUGAAUUUGGGAAUUGAAGUUAUUAAUACAACAGAUCACUUACAGUACACAAAGGAAUGUCACAGAGCCCUGCUGAAGAUGCAAUACUGCCCUCAUUGCCAAGGUCUCACUCAGAGUAAACCCUGCAUGGGAUACUGCCUCAAUGUGAUCAGAGGGUGCUUGGCCAGCAUGGUAGAGAUUGACCCUCAUUGGAGAGAGUAUAUACGAUCAUUAGAGCAACUAUCUAAUAAGAUGCAGGAAACGUUUGAUAUUGAGAAGGUGCUGCUGAACUUUCAUUCACUUGUAAAUGAGGCAGUAAUGUUAGCUCAAAAAAAUGGACCAAAGCUGUCAGUGCAAGUAAACAAGGUAUGUGGACAUCCAAGCAGAAAAGCAGGACAGUCCUCUGAUCAAGUUUUGGACACCAGCAAAGAAAAAAUCCUUCCUAAAGUAACACGUCCAGACACAGAAGAAACGCUUUCCAGCAAAAGAAAUGAGUUCAUUGACAGUCUGCGGCUUUACCGAACAUUUUAUGGUGCAGUGGCCGAUCAGCUGUGUGCUAGUGAAUUAGCAGCUCCUGAUGGCUUAUCAUGCUGGAAUGGAGUCGAUCUCGUUAAAAGCUACACUCUUCAGGUCGUGGGCAGUGGAAUUAAAGCUCAGUCUGGAAACCCAGAGGUGAAAGUGAAAGGAACAGACUCCGUCAUAAACCAGAUCAUUGAUAAACUGAAACACGUCAAUCAGUUGUUACAGGGAAAAUUGAAUACAAAGUAUGGAAGCCUGGAUAUUACCGAAACAGGAAGUGGGAAUUUGGAGGACGAGGUUAGUGGAGACUGUGAUGAUGAAGAUGGCUGCAUUGGAUCAGGAAGUGGUGAAGAAAAGAAAGAGCAAAAGAGCAUCAAAUGUGAGUCUUUCAAUUUAAAAAUGCAUAGUCAUUUAUACAAGGUGUACCAUAAAGAUCUGACCAGCUUUCCAUUUGUGCACCUCUUGUACUAUUUCAAAUAUCUUGCUGUUUAA